AUGCAUUGGAAUAUCGGAGUGAGUUCGAUAUUUCUUUGUACUAUAAUACUUGUUUUUGGACAUCGAGAUUUAUUUGAAAAAAAAUGCAAACGAAAAUGUAAUACGGCCGACGGCUCAGUCGAAUGCUGGAGAGAAACAACAGAUGGUUUUGCUUAUGGUUUAUCUACAGCUAUGAUUGAUUUUUGUCAAGUAAUACUUAAAAUUCGUCACCUUAAACAUGACACACAAACGUGGUAUAAUAUUAGUCGUGAAAUACUCGCAGAACAAAUUGAAAAAUAUGAACUUGAUGAAGAAGUUCAACAAUUAACAAAAGAAAAUAUCGAACAAAUUGCUAUGUCUCUAUUAGAUAAUUGUUUUUAUGCUUCAUCAUCUGUUAUUUCCUCUGAACCAUCAUGUCCAUCCUGUUCAGAAGCACAAACAAAACUAAUGAAAGAAUGGGGUAUUGCAUCAAUAAUUAUUAUCUCAGUUGGUUUAUUACUUUUUUUUAUUAUUUUACUUUUAUUUGCUGCCUAUAUUUAUUAUACUCGUCGUUCAUAUGUAUCAAUUAAAUAA